AUGUCGACAGUAAACAAGAAAAAAGGCUCAUCUUCUCCUAAACAUUCAAUAAAAGAACAUCAUGAUGAAAUCACUGAUGGUAACAAUCGAGAAAAAAACCUGAAUACUGACGAAAUUCCUAUUGAAGAGAUUCACACGGCUAACGAUUGGGAACAUGCUGAUCUUGGAGAUGAUCUACGAAAACAAAAAUUUCUUCGAUUAAUGGGUGCUAAAAAACGUAAAGAUGAAUGUCGAAUAGAUAGCAAAAAUUCUUCUAGCAUAACUCAUAACGAUAUUCAUUCAUUUGAAAAGAAACAUUGUCGUUCAAAAACACAAAAUGAAGCAAUUAAUCUCGAAUUAGAAAAACAAUUUAAUGAAGGUUUACAAUCAAAAAUUUUACAUACGCAUCAUGAAGGUCUUGGUUUUCAUGGUAGUGAUAUUAGUACUGCUUCAAGUUCAAAUGAUUGGCAUCAUGAACAAGUAAAAACAAAAUUUGUUCCAGCUACAACAACAGAAAGUGUACCAUCAUCAUUGAAUGAAGCAAUACCUAAAGAAUUAGACAAUACGAAAAAUAAAUCGAAAUCAUAA